AUGGAUGUGCACAGGUCGUUCCAACUUGCAGGGCGGCUCAAGGCUUCUCAGGAGAUUAUAGCGAAGGAUCACAUUGUCAAGUCGUGGAAGUUAUGGGUGUGGAUUCUGGGACAACAGCUUACAGGGGCCCUGGUGUUCUGGCCUGGUCUCUUCCAUGCAAGCUUGUCGAUCGUCAUGCUGUUCUUUCUGGCGGCACCUGCUUUUCAUAGGUCUGGUACUUUCACUUCCUGUUCCUUCGAUGCCAGGGAUUUGUCGCUUCACAUGAUGUUCCCCCGGGGCUACUCCGCCUUUGGUCUUGCCCAAGAGCAGCGACCAGCAAGAUGGUUCAUGAUCAUUUCAGUGCUGCUGCGGCUUGGCGGGCUCUUGUCGAUCUACCCAAUGGUCAUGGCAAUGCACAUAUGCGGCUACACGCCCGAAAUAAUGGCACAAGCCGAGCGGAAUGCUGGGCAGCAGCAGACGGAUAGUGAUAUGAAUGGUGCGGUGUCAUAUGCCGUGGCGAUGGCUUUUGGAGUUAUGUUUUGUGUCUCUGGCUGUGGAAUCUGUGGAUGCUGUGUCCUUUCUCGGUGCUUCUGUACGGGAAACGACUUCUCUGGUGCUGCAGAAGCAGAUCCCGACUUGCAACAACGAGUUGAAGACAGGGCUAGGGACUUGUCUGAACAAAUGCGCAAAUCGGAGCUGAAGCCUGCAUCGAGUCAGUAUGUCAUGCUGCAUGUCGACAUGCUGCUUUUCGUGUGGGAUUUUGUGUCGGAUGGACUCGCAGCGUGGAAAUUCUUCGAACUGGAACUAUACGGAUUCUUUGCGUUCCAAGUAGCCAUCAUUUUCAUGGCGCUCUGGGAAGAAACUCGUGUGGUCCGGCGAGUAGGAAAUCUGCAGACAGUAUACUGCGCGGUUGCCGAGUCCAGCAGGAUACUUUUUGGUUUUGCAUCUGUCUACUUGCCACAGAGCGGAGGACUCCAGCUCUUGGGGCACGACGUGUCUUAUCUGUUGUAUCUCUUCAGCCUCUUCAAGACCUUCACGAGUAUGUACAGCUCCACAAAGGCUGCAUACGUGCUUAUGCAUCUAGAUCUAGGUCGACACAUUGCUGUUGCUGUGGAGCAUCUGGGAUUGCGAAGCGCUCCAGGCACUGUGGAGGAGGCGGGCAUUACUGCGCAAGUUGGUCCAAGCCAUCGACAAGAACCCCCAGCUCAAUUGGUCGGACCUGCAGCCAUUGCAAACUCAGGAUUGCCACCCGGAGUUGCACCUCCGCCCACUCAUGCCCCGGCAUUUCCAGCACCAGUUACUCUACAACACGCGGCUCCUGCGCAGCCUUCUGCUUCCCAACGGGCCGCUGCAAGAUUUUCAAUUCGUCCCGCUCUGUCCUCCAGUCUUAGGCUUUCCACGGCGCCACUGCCACCUAUACAGGUUGGAGCACCAAGGCGUCCUGUCGACAAGGAGUGA